UAGCUGCCGAUCGACCGGCCCCGCCUCGGAGCGACAUGGACGUGGUCAUCACCGGCGCCGCCGGCUUCCUGGGCCGGCGCCUGGCCGACGCGCUGCUGGACGCGCGCUCGCCGCUGCCCGUGGCGCGCCUGCUGCUCGUGGACCUGGCGCCGCCGCCCGCGCGGGACCCGCGCGUCACCGCGCUGGCGCUCGACCUCACGGCGCCGGGCGCGGCCGCGCGCGCCGUGCCGCCCGGCUGCGGCGCGCUGUUCCACCUGGCCGCCGCCGUCAGCGGCCACGCCGAGGCCGAGCUGGACCUGGGCCUGCGCGUCAACCUGGACGCCACGCGCGCGCUGGCCGACGCGGCGCGCGGCCGCCCCGCGCUGCGCUUCGUGUUCGCCAGCAGCGUGGCCGUGUACGGCGCCGAGCUGGCGGCGCCGUGCGAGCGCGCCGCGCCCGCGCCCCGCAGCUCGUACGGCGCCGCCAAGGCCAUGGCCGAGCUGCUGCUGAGCGACUACUCGCGGCGCGGCCUGCUGGACGCGCGCGUGGUGCGCCUGCCCACCGUGAGCGUGCGCGGCGGCAGCGCCAACCGCGCCGUCACGUCGUUCGCCAGCGCGCUGGUGCGCGAGCCGCUGGCCGGGCGGGCCGCGGUGCUGCCCGUGGGCGCGGAGCGGCGCGUGUGGCUGAGCAGCCCCGCGGCCGCCACGCGCAACCUGCUGCACGCGGCCGCGCUGCCGGCGGGCGCGCUGGGCGCGCGGCGCGUGCUGAACCUGCCCGGCCUGAGCGUGUCGGUGCGCGACAUGCUGGCGGCGCUGCGCGAGACGGCGGGCGCGGCGGCGGCGGCGCGCGUGCGCUUCGAGCGCGACGAGAGCGUGGAGCGCAUCGUGGCGUCGCUGCCGCCCGCGCUGGACCACUCUCGCGCGUUGAGCCUCGGCUUCGUCGUCGACGAGAGCUUCGCUCAAAUCAUUCGCCAGUACAUCGCUGAACUCGGGGAUACGAGCUCAGAAUUACAUGAUGCCGAUAAUUAGCGAGUUAAAUAACUUCAUUGCAUGUUACUACUUCACUUAGCAUGAUGAGUAAUAUCUACGUACAAAAAAAUACGCGCACGCAUCGAACGUGUGCGCGUAUACAUCUAGAGGCUGUCCUCGACUUAAUCACAGCUUGCAUUGUCAUGCCAUAAUCUAAGAUUUCUAGCGCGUAAUUUACCAUCAUAGGAAAUUACACUUGUGAAUAAAUGAUAAAAAUAAAGCAGUUUCACACACUUA